AUGGUGGUCACUAGGUCAGCGAGGUCUCGGGCCUUGAUCUCGAUCUCGGCCGCUGAAAGCUCGCCACAGAAGAAGUCUGCUGGAGAUGGAAUUACCAGGAGUAAAAUUGAAGAGCAUCCAGAAAGCAAGAAGGAAUCCCAGUCCCAUGUCCCUAGUACUGCUGAAUCACCUACUACCCAGAAACAAAGUCUAAUCCCUAGAACUUGUAAAACUGGAAAGAGGAAAAGCAGAACUGAGGCCUCCUUACCAGAGAUGAUUGUUGAACCAGCUACUGAUGGGGAGACCUCUGAAGCAGAGUCAAAUUGUUCUGUGUCUGAGCUCCAGGAUCACAUUUUAAGAGUAAUUAGGAGAAGGCAGAUAUUAGUUCCACACACCCCUGUGUCCAGUGUUAGGAAAAGACUGAAAAUAACUCCCAUAAAUGAGUCACAUACUAAAGAAGUUUCUGAAGCAGAAUCUCAUAUUUCAGGUAUUUCUAGAAUUGUGCCUUGCACAGUAGUAACUACAAGAACCAGAAAGUAUAAGGCUAAAUUCAUAACAGAUCCAAGCCAAGAAUCACACACACAAGAUAUUUCUGAUGCUGAGUCUUCAUGCUCAGACAUUUCUCCAUUUUCAGGAAUUGCAACUGGGAGAACAACCAGGAGUAUGCAGGGGAAAUUAGAGGCACAGAUUGAGGAGAAAGAUUCUGAGAGUAUACCAGAAAAUGAAAAGCAAAUCACAGCUACACUUAUGAAUUCAGAGGAUUCAGAUACCGGACAAACUUCUCAGUUACUAGCAAAUUCUAUUGCUCAAAUAAACAAGACAGACUUCUGUAAAAAUGAAACUUACAAUAAUUUUGAUGAUGAUUCCUUCCAUGGAAAUUCAGAAAAAAUACUAACAGUGCAAAAACGUCCAAGUUUUAAUGUAAGUAAGGGCGAAAGGGCCAAUGUUACAGCUCUAAAAGAAAUAACAAAGCAGAAUUCUAAGAGUUUGGAUGAAGAAGCUAAAGGAAUAAUAGAUGAGGGAAAAGAAACUAAUCAGGAAAGUUCUCAGUUGAAGAGUCUGUCUGAACUUCAGGACACUGGACUUCAGCGUUUCGCCUCUCAAAGUCAUUCAACCCCCCGAACUAACAAAACCACAUCAGAGUCCGCAUAUCUGAACCAUGAGGCUAUAAUGAAAUCAUUAGCUCGAACAUUUGCAGUUGUGGAAGUAGACAGAUGGGAUGAAGAGAAAGAACACACCUUAAAAACAAGUGACUUGGUGCAGUGUGAUGAUGGUGGUAAUAGUGAUAAUGAGAGAGAAGACUGCACAGUUACAGGUGUUACCAAAGACAUAAACAAUGAAAAGAAAGCAGAUUAUGAAUAUAGUACAAAAUUAUACACAUCUCAGGAUACGGAUGAUUCUGUUUUAUUAGUUCUCAGCAGUGAUGAAAGCCAGCACUCUGAAAACAGUGAGAACGAAGAGGACACCGUGUGUUUUCUUGAAAAUGGUAGUCAAAGGGAGUCAUCGAAUAGCGACUCAGGAAAUAUGUCACGUGACAAUGCAUUGUUUGUAAUUGACACAACUCCUGGAUUGAGUGUUGAUAAAAAUUUUUACUUGGAAGAGGAAGAGAAGGCAAGUGAGGCUGCCAUUGAGAAAGAACAAGAAGAGCAGGAGGAAGAAGAGGAUGAAAAAAGUGAAGAAGAUCCAUCAGACUAUGACAUAAGUAAAAAUAAUGAGCUCAGUGAUGAAGAGGACAUACUGAAUAACACAAAAUCUAAACUUCUAAAGUUGACAAGCAGCAGCAUAGAUCCUGGUCUGAGUAUCAAGCAGUUGGGUGGUUUAUAUAUUAACUUCAAUGCAGACAAAAUAAAGUCUAACAAGAAAACCCCAACACAGAUCAAGGAGAAGAAGAAAAAUGAGCUUCUGCAGAAAACCAUCAUUACUCCUGAUUUUGAAAAAAAAGACUGUGUCCCACCAUAUAGUGAAUCCAAGUUUCAACUUCAGAAAAAACGCAGAAAAGAGCGACAAAAAACAGCAGGUGAUGGCUGGUUUGGUAUGAAAGCUCCAGAAUUGACAGAUCAACUUAAAAAUGAUCUCAAAGCACUGAAGAUGAGAGCCAGCAUGGACCCAAAAAGAUUUUAUAAGAAGAAUGAUAGAGACGGCUUCCCCAAGUAUUUCCAGAUUGGAACCAUUGUUGACAAUCCAGCUGACUUCUACCACUCACGAAUUCCCAAGAAGCAAAGGAAAAGAACUAUUGUGGAAGAACUGCUGGCUGAUUCUGAGUUCAGAAGGUAUAACCGAAGGAAGUAUUCAGAGAUCAUGGCUGAAAAAGCAGCAAAUGCAGCAGGAAAGAAAUUUCGAAAGAAGAAGAAAUUUCGCAACUAAGAUUCACCAAGCAAAUCAUGAUGUUUUACAUCUCCCUUUAUUUGCCAAAGAUGUUUUAAAAACUAACACCAUUACAUAAUUUAAAAUAGACUGGCCCUGUUUGUAUAGGGAUUUCUGUUUGGAAAAAGUUCAUUUGAGAGAGAAUCACAUGUCUCCUGGGAUAAAAAUAGGUGAAUUUACAAGAGACUCACCUGGGCUUUAGAUAUUUAAGUGGAAAAAAGGAAAAGGAACAUUAAACAUUGUAAGAUAAUUAACAUUUUUGUAAAGUUUUCAAUUUUAAAGAAAAUUGAAUUAAAAGAUGUUUAGAAAGCAUAAAGUUUGCUAGCAUGUUCAAAGAACUUUAAAAAAAAUCAUAGCUAUAUAAGUAUCAUAAUUAAUGUAUGGCUUAUAGUAUGUGUGUUUCUUGAGGGGGUGGUUGUUGGAUAUGAAAUGCCCUCUAGUCAGCUGUGAAUUCAGAGCCAGAAAGUUGGUGAGUUUGAAAUUUAGAGAUUUGUGUCUCAUGAAAGUGAUAGUUGAAAGCAAAGGAAUGAUAAAAAGUAUUCUUGGAGCAUUAGAGAUCUGCUUCUCAUAAAAGUGACAGUUGAAAGCAAAGGAAUGAUAAAAAGUAUUCUUGGAGCAAAUACAUGUUAGCUAAAGACCAAAGGACUAAAUGAAGCUUGGGGAGUAUAAAUAGGACUUAAAAGAUAAAGAAAACCACCUAGAAAGUUUGGACAGAAGGUAGAAACAACAGCUGAAGAGCUGUUUUCCUUCCUUGG